AUGAAGUAUCUUGAGUCAUGUGUGAAGACAAGGUACAUUCUCAGAGGUCAAUUGGCAAAAAUUGCACCGUUGGCAAAUGUCAAUAUCCGAGUUAACAUACCUACAGCUAAAGGUUCUUCACAUGACGACUAUGUUGUUGACAAAGACUUACCAUGGUUGAAGAUUGUAAUUUUCAACAACCACUUCAUGUUGAACGAAAGUCUUACAAACCCAUUGUUCGGAAAAGGCAAGUGCAACAUUGUCAGAGCUGUAAACAUUCUUUUCGAGAAAGGUUUGUUGGAACCAAUUCCAGAUGACAAGCUGACAGAAACUUUUGUACCAAAAGACGAAACAAACUUUUCAUUGUUAGCAAGACCAAAAGUUGUUCCAGACAAAGUUCUAGCACAAAAGAAGUACACAGUUCCAAAAGGAGUUGGAUUGUUCGGAUACCAACCUGAACCAGAAGAACUUCCAAUGAGGUUGCAAGAACUUCAAGAUGCUAUAAACAAACUUCCAUUGAGACAUCCAAUUGACGUCAAAUUGUAUUGGAGAGCUUCUGAGUUAGGUCAGAAGGUUUUAUAUGAAACAGGUUGCUUCGACGAUGUUUAUGAGAUAACAGGAGAAGUUUCUCAGAAGAUAAGAGACUCACUUGAAUUUCCACAAACUGGACCAAUUGGUUGCGACAAGUUCGACUCAGAUGAAAAGAUAUACUAUGUCGACCUUAACGCUGCAUACAUGAGGUUUGUCCAAUAUAUUCCGACUGGAAUUCCAAACGAAGAUGGUGAGUUCCCGGGAAGGAACUAUACAGUUGGAAAAGUCAUACAACAACUGUAUGAUAUUAGGGAAGCUUCAAACCCCAAACUUGCAAUGACACUCAAAUUGCUUAUGAAUUCGACAUGGGGAUAUUCCAUUAAGAAACCUCAAGAGAUGAAGA